AUAUGCGAUUUCCCAUAUAAGUAGGCGGUGCCACGACCAUCGUCCAAUUUUGACACAGGGUCCAUUAAAGGCCUCUCAUGUCACUUUGGGAGUAAAAUUCAAUACUUUACAGAUUUUUCUUUAAUGGUGUUUUGUGGGUGUGGCAGUGGUCGGAUUACGCUCAUCUACGAACUAACUAUUACUUUUUUCUAAGAAAUAUGUGAGCCAAAUUCCAUCCAAAUAUCCCAAUAUUUACUCAAGUUACUAUUGCACCGACGGAUGGACAGACAGACAGUCGUCCGGAUUUCAACUCGUCUUGUGAUGCUGAUCAUAUAAGGAUAUUCCAAAGGUGAGAGGAGGAAGUAUUGGAAGACAUAACACCUCGUAUGCACACUAGCUAAUAAUAUUCCGGUAACGCACCCUGUAUUACAUUUACCACGCAUACCAAGAUAAGAUACAUACUUUAAUGUUUUUUACGAAAUGACAAUUCAAUCACAAUUUUUGUUUCAUUUAAAAAUUCUAAUUCAUAAAAGAUUUUUUUGUUAGUUUAACGAAAUAAAAGCAAAAUAAAAAUUCAAUUUACUACAAAAAGAGAGAGAGUAAAAAGUUAAAAUAAAGCCUUUAGUGAAAAUAAAAAUUCCAGUUCAGUGAUGGACACGAUAAUCGAGCAUAUUUUGAAUUUCCUGCAGUUCGAUGUGACCAGCAUUUUCGGGAAGGGCAGCGAGUGUGGACUCUGUUGCAUGAGCUUUUCUACGCCGCGCUUCAGCGAGUCGGCGGAGCGAUGCAUUGCAAAUGUCUACGAGCCACGCCCCCAAAUCACAAAUGGCGAUGAAAUGAUGGACUGUGACGAAGACAGCUUGGCUGAGGACGAACUGCAAUUGGAGGCAUUCUUGCGAGAGCUAGAACAAGUGGAAGUGGAAGAGACGGAGACGAAUACUCAAGACUGCGGCACUGACUCGAUUCCGCUGCAAGAGAGUAGCAACGAAAGUCUAACAGAGAGUGACUACCUGUUGGAUAAUCUCAAGAGUGAGCAGCAAUGUGCGGAGAACGAUGAAAACUCGUUGGAGGCUGAUGACGCGUGCACUUGCGAGUUGGUAUGCAAGCAGGUGGUGUCCAAAAUAGCCGAUAAAUGCUCAUCGUCCACCAUGUUGGAGCUGCGAAGUAUUGAGGAGCGAGCCAAUAAAUUGUGGGAGGCACUCAACUCAAAUGUGCGCAACAACACGAGUGCAAAAAUGCCCAACUGGUGGGAUUUGAAAACCUGGCAGAAGCUGCCUUUCUACUGGGCGGCACUCUCGAAUGACAUACUCUGCGAGGACCCUUUCGAGAACUUCAAGCGCUUCUACAUGGGCAGCAAGAAGUCCAACAAGCGCAGCGCCAAGCGUCAAGUGGAGCGUAUGCUGAUACUGUGGCACCGGCUGUGCCCCAAGCAGCGCCUGCCAUUCAUCAUGGAGGCUUUCAUCAGCAAGGUGGGUGCAGGGAAGGUGAACAUCAGCGAUGAGCACGAAAUCCAACGCAUCAUCUGCGAGCUGCAGAACAAAUGAGCAGUGAGACCCCGACUUGUUCCCAUUUACUGUGUAUGUUUGUGUAGCGCUCUGUGUAUGUGUGUGUAUGUUGUCCAAAUAUUUAAAUUUAAUUCGAAGCAGUGGAUGCGGCUAUUCUAAAUAAAUAUGUGCUCUAAGUGAUGU